ACGAAGAAGAUUAUAUUAUUUGUUUAUAACCAGGCUGCUCGGGUUUUCUCCAACAGGGCAGGCCAAUAACUUUUCUGCUAUUUGUCAAAAUGGGAUGUGAUGGUGGAACUAUUCCUAAAAGGCAUGAGUUGGUAAAAGGCCCAAAGAAAGUUGAGAAGGUUGACAAAAAUGCAGCGCUUGCUGCCCAGUGGAAGUACUGUGCUCUCAGUACAGAGAAACUCAGGCGCCCUAUUGUUGCUUGUGAUCUGGGAAGACUUUAUAACAAAGAUGCCGUGAUUGAGUACCUUCUGGAUAAAUCUGCCGAUAGACCCAACAGCGAGGUUGUAUCACACCUUCGUGGCAUUAAGGAUAUAAAGGAGCUGAACCUGACUGACAACCCAGCCUGGGAGGGCGAGAGGAGGAACACCAAAGGGGACCGCUAUGAGGACAUGCACUGUGCCAUGUUCAUCUGUCCUGUGGUGGGCCUGGAGAUGAAUGGCAAACAUAGGUUCUGUUUCCUGCAGACCUGUGGCUGUGUGUUUUCAGACCGGGCCAUGAAAGAAGUCAAGACUGAGAUCUGCCACAAGUGUGGUGACCCGUUCAAAGAAGAAAACCUUGUAGUCCUCAACGGGACCAAGGAAGAGGUGGAGAAACUGAGGGAGAAAAUGGAGGAGAAGAGAGCCAAGGCCAAGGCAACAAAGAAAUCAACGAAGAGCAAAGUUGCUGAGACUGUUGCCAAGCAGUCUGACUCAAAAGAAAAUCCAGAGUCCACUGAAACCGUUUCUGCAGAGGGCAAAACUUCAACACAAAAUGGUGGAGACAGCAGCCAGCCAGCACUCCCUGGACCCCCUGGUUCUUCCAGCUCCUCCAAGGUGGUUACACCCUUGGCGGCAACCGGGAGCAAGCGGUCCAUCCAGACCAUGGAAGAGAAGUCGGAGACCUACAAAUCUCUCUUCACCAGCCACAGUUCAGCCAAACGCACCAAAGCCCAGACCUCCAACUGGGUCACCCACACCCCCUACCAUUUCUAAAUUACUUAACCUCCCCUAUAUCACCCCCAAGUGGUCAUGGCAGGCAUCACACACAACCAGGUUGUGUAUUUGAAGGGUAUCUAUAAAAAGUUAUUCAUAACACAUUCAUAACCCAUACUUAAUACAUUCAUAAGCAGUACGUGAGCAUUUCAUAAAUGCUUAUGUCAACAACUGCAAGUUCAAAGUUCACAUUUCUGUGACAUAAAGGCAAUAUCAACAUGCUACUGCUUAUGAAUGUGAUAUGUGGGUUAUGAAGCCCUUAUGUCGGUAUCCUUCAAGUAAAGUGUUAAGGAAUUUGACAGAUUACUUUUUCUUAUAGGUAUUCUUGGCUCAGGCUAGGAAUGGCUGUAUUAUAUAUUGGUCUUAUCUAGGUAUCUAUCUAGGUUUCUAUGUAUAGAUGUGGAUUUGGCAAGUCAUUUAUGAUUAAUCUUUUGAUUAUGGUUUCCUAUGCAAUAUGACAUACAAAUGUUUUGAAAUUAUAUUUCAAGGUCGUAGUUUAUCUUUUUGCUAUAGGAAGUGGAAUAGUGAGUUUUUGUAGUGUUCAUUCAAAAUGUGUAUUCAAUAAGCUCAUUACUUCCAUAAACAUUGUCUAUACUUAAUGUUGAUGUUUCCUCCAAAUAGCUUGUCACCCACCACCACCCAUCAAAAUAUAGAUGGGGGGAAAAAACGUGCAUAUUUCAUUUUUAUUUAAAUGGUUACCUUUUAAAUACAUUUUUCCACUUAUGUUUGUUCACCCCUCAACCCAAACAAUAUCAAAAUAAAGACUGUCCUUUUACUUUAAAAA